AUGCACAUCCCCUUCACCAACCUCGAUGUUUUCACCCACACCCGCUACCUCGGUAAUGCACUCGCUAUCAUCCGUCCCCCUACCCCAAUCACUCUAUCCCAAACCCAAAAACUCCAAAUCAGCAAAGAAUUCAACCUCUCCGAAGUCGUCUUUCUUCAUCUCCCCGAAUCCGAAUCCCCCGAUACAAACCCCAAGGAAUUAACCAUCGAUAUCUUCACAUCAGCUGCCGAGAUUCCCUUUGCUGGUCACCCUACUAUCGGCACCGCAUUCUUUGUGCUCAAUUAUCUCGGCUUGAAAUCUGUUGAUACAUUGAUUACUAAAGCCGGUCGAAUCCCUAUCUCGCUGUCCUCGGAUGGAAAAAUAGCUUGUGCUCAGAUUCCUCACAAUGUACAUGUUCAUGACAAGACAUACUCUUUCAAGGAUUUCGCUACGGGAGAAGAAACACAAUACCCAGUCGUGUCAAUAGUAAACGGUAUGACAUUCGUACUCGUUCAUCUUCCCUCUCUAGCCGAUCUCGCCCGAGCAGUGGAAAUUAAAAAUCUCAAUCCGAGUACAUAUAAUGUGGAAAAUUUAGAUGAGGGCUGGAGAAAUGGUCUUUGUACGACAAUGUAUUAUGUAGGUAUGGGUGUGGAAUUGGAUGAGCAGGGGAGGAGAAGGUAUAGAACGAGAAUGUUUGGGACGAGAGAGGAUUCGGGGACGGGUAGUGCAAGUUGUGCGUUGGCUUGUUAUUUGGCUAUGAAGGACAAGGGGAUAGGGGGAAAGGAAGUGAGAUUUGGGUUUGAGCAGGGGGUGGAGAUGGGGAAGAAGAAUGAAAUUUUUGUGGAUGUGAAGACGAAGGGGGAUGGGGUUGGUGUUGAGAGGGUGGUUCUGAGUGGGGAGGCGGUGAAGGUUAUGGAGGGGAUGUUGGAGGUUUGA